UUUCCCAUAAUACCCCUCUUCCCAAAUAUAUCCCCCUAAUUGCUACUUGUCCUUCACGUUUUUCUCUUGUUGCUAUUGAAACGCUAUUGCUUUUGAAAACUCCCUUUGUUCCGCUUGGCUCUCUCUGGUGCGCUUGGCUCUCUUUAUUGCGCUCGGCCUCUUUCGCUCUCUCAGUGCUCGGCCCCUCUCACCGUCUCAGGUUUGCUUCCCGCCUAUGGAACUCCAAGUUUUGCUAGGGUUUUAUAUUUGGGGUUUGCUUCUCCUGUGAAAUUGUCUAUUUGGGGAAACGCCGAACUGCGAGGAUUUCGAUCAAAUCUAGGCCCCAUGCUUGUCCGCCGUUAACAGAUCAACGGCUGAAUUUUGGUUUUCUUUUUCUUUUCGUGUUUCCACGAUUUUCUUAGUGUUUAAUGGGUUGAUCGGAAUUUAGGGAAAAAUGACUCAACGAUUAAAUUCAGGGUAUCCUUUUAUGGGGUAUUCUAGAUAUUUAAGGUUUACUCUGUUUGAUCGGACUUUGGGACUUCUCUGCUUGAUCGGAGUUUCGAAAUUUUCCAUGAAAGGGUUUGAUUGGAGUUUUGGAAUUCUGGAAAUUUUCAGCGAAAGGCUUUCAUCAGAAAUUGGGGAAAUUAAACCCUAAAUCUUCAAAUGGAUCAGUGAUUGAAUUUAGGGUUUUUUUCUUGGGUUCUCGGGAUUUUAGAGGUUUAGUCAGUUUGAUUGGACUUUGGAAAUCUGAGAAUAUUUUCAGAUCAGGAAUUUGUUUAAGCUCGGGAAAUGAAACCCUAAGUCGUGAAAUUCUGAAGGAUAUUGGGUAUAAUUUCUUCAGUAUCCUUAGUGUUAGUCCAAUUUGGUGAAUGCGGAUUUGAUGGGUUUUAAUGAACUUAAGGCCGCUGAUUGAUUUUGAUCUUCUGCCAAGGACAUCUAUGUGAAUCAGUUUGUUUCAGCAGGCUGCUGAUUGUUUUGGAUCUUCUGCCAAGGAAGAGACAUAUUUGUUUUGUUUUUAAUCGCACCUAUGUGGAUCAGUUUGUUCAUUCUUUCGUUUCAUGUAUUUUUGUUUCAUAGAUGGAGUUCGAGACAGCAAGAAAGCCCUCUGUUUUCAAUCGCCUGGGAAGAGAACCUGCAGAGAUUUCGCACAACAAAUCUGUUUGCAUCUUCUGGCGUAAGGGUAAAUGCCUCAGGAACCCAUGUAGGUUCCUUCACUGUGAAAUACCAGUCUUAUGUACAAAGAAAGGGUCCUCCACGGAGUCAUUUAAUCAGCAGGAUCUCCCUACAAAUAACUCCAAUUAUAUUAGGGCCAAGAACACAUUGGUUUUGAAAAGGUCCUCAGAAACUACUUUCGAAAAGUCCCGAGAAGAUGCUGGUUCUAAAGACUGCAAAAAGGAAACUUCUAAGAACUUAGCUUUGAAGAAUGAGGGGAGUGGUUCCAAAAGUACAGAAGAUGUUCCUAAGAAAUCUAAAGAGGUUAGUAAGCAAAAUGUUUGUGAAUCCUGGGCACAUGGCAACUGCAUAGAUGGCGAUAAGUGUCAGUCUCUGCAUUCCUGGUUUCAUGUGGAUGGGUUAACGAUCUUGGCUCAGCUUCAAGGCCACACAAAGGCUGUCACAGGGAUCGCACUUCCUGAAAAAAACAGCAAGCUAUUCACAAGCAGUAGUGACAGAACAGUUCGGAUUUGGGACUGCAAUACAGGACAGUGUGCUCAUGUCAUUGAACUUGGUGCUGAUAUUGGAUUGAUCAUUAGUAAAGGUGUUUGUGUGUUCAUUGGCAUGCCAAAUAUUGUGAAGGUAUGGAACAUUGAGUCAAGUGCCGAAUACAAUCUCAAUGGACCGAUUGGCCAAGUCUACGCCAUGGAAAUAACUGAUGAUAUGCUUUUUGCCGGAGGCCAGGAUGGUGUUAUUUUAGCGUGGAAGAUCAGUAAUGAAACUAAUCCCCCUUGGCAACCCGUCGCAUCUCUUAAAGGACACUCAUGCGAUGUAUUAUCUUUAACUGUUGGAGUUAACCGAUUGUAUUCAGGUUCCAAGGACCGUACAAUAAGGGUUUGGGAUCUUAAAACUUUAGAGUGUGUUAUGGCACUGGAUGGUCAUGCUGAUAAUGUGACGUCUCUUAUUUGGUGGGACCAAUAUUUGUUAUCUGGUUCUUUGGACUGCACAAUAAAGGUUUGGGCUAUGCAUGAAGGGGGUAACAUGGAAGUAAUUCAUACACACAAUGAAGAGCACGGUGUUGUUGCAUUAUGCGGGAUAGCUGGUGGAAAUGGUGAACCAACCUUGUAUUGCUCUUGUAAUAACAAUUCUGUCCGAUUGUAUGAAUUGCCAUCAUUCGAUAAGAGGGGCAGUCUUUUUGCAAAACAAGAAGUUAAAGCAAUUCAAAGCAGUCCAAAUGGAAUGGGACUCUUUUUUACUGGGGAUCAGACUGGUUUGAUAACAGUGUGGAAGUGGUCAGCAGAAUCCAAGGCAUGAUGCAGAGUAGUGCUUUGUUUUUUAGGACAGGCAUUGCGUCGAAGUUUGGUGGAGUACUUUCGUACCACAUUUUUCUUUUCACCCGGUAUUGUAUCUCUAUCUAUACAUUGGGGACAAUGUAUCGAUUAAGUUUGGGGGUAUGAAAAACAUUAUGUUAUCCUGUUUCAUGUUAUUACAAGAAUUGGGUUAAACUUAACUGUGAUUUAGAUUUCAUUGGCAAGCUUAAAAUUUUGAACACAUGAUCAUUUCAUUAGGGAAUCUAAGUCUGGGCACUCACCUUUGACACAUGAGAAUUCACAUGUUUCACUUUGAAUCUGCACAAUCACAUUAAUGCACAAUUUAUGAGGUGUGACAUGAGAAACCAAUUGCCUAUUUUCAAUAUCUUGGAAUAAAGUGGGUGACUUGUUGGAGAAAUUACCUUGGUAUGAGAAUAAUAAUAAUAAAUAAAUAAAUAAAAUAUUGAAUUUUUCACUGAGUAACUGGACCUCUUGCCUCAUUAAGCAUCGAGUGUUCACGUCAAAAUGUGUAAAAUUUGAAUUGCAUUGCAUUUCUCACUGAGUAACUGGACCUCUUGCCUCAUUAAGCAUUGAGUGUUCACGUCAGAAGGUGUAAAAUUUGAAUUGCAUUGAAUUUCUCACUGAGUAACUGGACCUCUUGCCUCAUUAAGCAUUGAGUGUUCACGUCAAAAUGUGUGAAAUUUGGUUUGCUUAAUAAAAUGGCUUAGUUUAGCUUCGUAGCCUCUUUGACUCGAGUUAGUAAGUCUUUAGGGUGUUUUACACCUAGUGUCCUAAAACCAUCUGGUUUGGGAGUCAUUGGCCUAACACUCGAUACAUGGGUCAAUUAGAAAGCUUAAGGGAGUUAAGCAUUGACAGCCUGAUAAAAAGAAACAAAAAAAAAAAAAAGAAUAA